AUGUACAGGGGAAUCAUUGGGUCACUUCUGUAUCUCAUUGCAAGCAGGCCAGACAUAGUCUUCAGUGUAGAGAUGUGUGCAAGGUUUCAAGUUGCACCAAAGGAGUCACAUUUGAAGGUAGCCAAACGAAUUCUGAGAUACCUGAAGGGAACUCAGAACCUGGUCCUCUUCUAUCCAACAUGUGAUACACUUGAUCUAAUUAGUUAUGUUGAUGCUGACUAUGCAGGCUUCCUUGUUGAUCGAAAGAGUACAUCAGCUUCUGUGGAUCAAGCAGCAACUGGAGGAUUCAGUAUUCUCACAGACACAAUCCCUCUAAUAUGCAACAACACCAAUGCAAUGAAUAUUGCCAAGAAUCCUAUUUAG